GGUUUAUCUACGCCGUCUCCAUUGAUUCUUUCUCCGUCUCUUCAAAAAAUAUCCGACUAACACUGACCUCAAAACUCUCCUCUCACUUUCGUCGUGAAGAAGCCAAAUCUCAAAUCGAAUCAGAAUCACUCAUUUCCAUGGAUAACUCAGCUCCAGAUUCGUUAUCCAGAUCGGAAACCGCCGUCACAUACGACUCACCUUAUCCACUCUACGCCAUGGCUUUCUCUUCUCUCCGUUCAUCCUCCGGUCACAGAAUCGCCGUCGGAAGCUUCCUCGAAGAUUACAACAACCGCAUCGAUAUUCUCUCUUUCGAUUCCGAUUCGAUGACCGUUAAGCCUCUCCCGAAUCUCUCCUUCGAACAUCCUUAUCCUCCAACAAAGCUAAUGUUUAGUCCUCCUUCUCUCCGUCGUCCUUCCGCCGGAGAUCUACUCGCUUCCUCCGGCGAUUUCCUCCGUCUUUGGGAAAUUAACGAAGAUUCUUCCACCGUUGAGCCGAUCUCGGUUCUCAACAAUAGUAAGACUAGUGAGUUUUGUGCUCCGUUGACCUCUUUUGAUUGGAACGAUGUUGAGCCGAAACGGCUUGGAACUUGUAGUAUUGAUACGACUUGUACGAUUUGGGAUAUUGAGAAGUCUGUUGUUGAGACUCAGCUCAUAGCUCAUGAUAAAGAGGUUCAUGAUAUUGCUUGGGGAGAAGCUAGGGUUUUCGCAUCGGUCUCGGCUGAUGGAUCCGUUAGGAUCUUCGAUUUACGCGAUAAGGAACAUUCUACAAUCAUCUACGAGAGUCCUCAGCCUGAUACGCCUUUGUUAAGACUAGCUUGGAACAAGCAAGAUCUUAGGUAUAUGGCGACGAUUUUGAUGGAUUCUAAUAAGGUUGUGAUUCUCGAUAUUCGUUCUCCGACUAUGCCUGUUGCGGAGCUUGAAAGGCACCAGGCUAGUGUUAAUGCUAUAGCUUGGGCGCCACAGAGCUGUAAACAUAUUUGCUCUGGUGGUGAUGAUACGCAGGCUCUUAUUUGGGAGCUUCCGACUGUAGCUGGACCGAAUGGGAUUGAUCCGAUGUCGGUUUAUUCGGCUGGCUCGGAGAUAAAUCAGUUGCAGUGGUCUUCUUCGCAGCCUGAUUGGAUUGGAAUUGCUUUCGCUAACAAAAUGCAGCUCCUUAGAGUUUGAGGUGCAGAUGUGAAGUGAUCAACGGAUUUUAGCAUAGACCCGUAUAAUCAUAAUGUGCGUAAGAUAGUAGGUUUGGUGCAUGCACACUCUUGCUUCUUGGUCCGCAAUGCAUCUAUGUAUCUAUUCUGAUUGUAACAAAAACUGAAUUCAUUUGGUUCACCAAAUGAAUGCUACUAUGAUCUCAUGUUGUGUAUAAACCCAACCAGAAUAUAUUGCGGUUUCUGGU